AUGCGAGGCUCUCCCGUGGUCACGCCUGUGUCCAUGGAUUCACUCCAUGGAGGGACGUCUGGGUAUCAAGCCAAAAACCUCCGGGUUUCUGCUGGGGACAAGACGGUGUACACCAUGGACCACCCUGAGAUACGCAAGAUGAGGGUCAUUCAUUGGGACGGGAGGACCGUCACUCCUAUAGCACUCAGUGCCUCUCCUGACUCGCUGGUGAUCACUGUUCUGGUGGGCCAGCACAAAAAUGGAUGGGCUGAGGUAAACGAGCAGAUCUCUGCACUCAUCACAGAGGUCAGUCUCCAGUAUCACUCGCCAGCUUCAAAAUCAAACAGACAAGACCCUUGCCGGGUCUUCAAAGAAUUGGCAGAUGCUUAUGGUCUCACGGACCCUGAGAAGAAGAAGUGCUUGGUUCGGUAUACUGACAUAAAGACGAAGAGAUUUUGGAUGUCUCUUGAUGCGUAUUCGAGUGGUGACUAUGCAGCCCUAAAGGAGCAAAUUCAGAAGUCUUGCCCAGGGGGAAGACACGGACAGAAAUUCACCUUACAAGACCUUGAAACCAUUGUUGCUGCCAAUGCCACCAACCCGCUCAAUACUGAGACCGAGGUUAUGGAGUAUUACCAGGAGUUCCGGCCGGUUGCCCAGUGGCUGGUCGAUGCGAAGAAGAUCACAACAAGCAAACGUGAUUGGUAUUUCUGGGCCGACGCCCAGUGA